AUAAUUAAUACAGAUUGUGAAAGAUCCCUUCAUGUCAUAUCUACAACUUGCAAUUUUUUCCACUUGAUGUCGAAGCUUCAUGGUGAUUGAAACAGCACCAAUCUUCUGUUAUAAAUAACCAAAGCCUUUUAUUACAAUUAACCACACAAGCUCCUUAAUUUCAACUAUCAAUACCAUGGCUUCUUUCUUAGUACCAUUCAAACUCAUCUUCUUCCUCAUCUUUGUAUUUUUCCAUGCUUUCUCUUCGUCAUCCUCCAUAACUUCCAUGGAAGCUGAAACUCUUCUAAAAUGGAAAGCUAGCCUCCCCAGCAACACCCAAACUUUGCUCUCUUCUUUGUGGGGCGGAAGCAACCAUUGCAAUUGGACUGGAAUCACUUGCAACAAUGCUGGAAGCGUCACCAAUAUGACCCUGAGAGAAUAUGAAUUGAAAUUGAGAGGUACACUUCACAAUCUCAACUUCUUUUACUUCCCCAACUUGAUUAGGCUUCAGCUUCGAAACAACUCAUUGUAUGGGUCCAUUCCUUCACACAUCGGAAACCUUUCCAACCUCAACUUCCUUGACUUGUCAUACAAUAACUUCUCAGGACAUAUCCCAUCUGAAAUUUGCUUGUUGAGAAGUCUUCAAUUGAUCUCCUUAAUAGCAAAUAAGAUUAGUGGUCCCAUUCCACAAGAAAUAGGAAAUCUGAGUACAAUUUCUAAUAUCUAUUUCUAUGGUAACUAUCUAAGUGGUCCAAUCCCGGCCUCUAUAGGAAGAUUGCAUAAUUUAUACAGGCUUGACCUUAACAGCAACCGACUCAAUGGUUUUAUACCUAAACAAGUUGGAACGUUGAGGUCACUUUAUAUGUUGGACUUGUCAGGAAACAGCUUAACUGGUCCUAUACCGGCAUCUAUAGGAAACUUAAGUAACUUGGUGUAUCUUUUCUUGUAUGGAAAUCAUCUUUCUGGUUCUAUUCCCAAUGAAAUUGGAGGGCUUAAAUCACUUUUCACGAUCCAGUUCUCGACAAAUAAUCUCGGUGGCGUCAUCCCUAAUUCCAUAGGAAACUUGACCAAGUUAUUUAGUGUCAUGCUUGAUACAAAUGCCAUUUCUGGUUCAACACCUCGCGAGAUAGGAAUGCUUAAAUCUCUCAACCUUUUGCUUUUGGCUGAUAACUCAAUCUCUGGUCCAAUCCCUACUUCCAUAGGAAACUUGACCAACUUAACUACUCUUAGCCUUUCUGACAAUAUGUUUUUUGGAUUGAUACCUAAAGAGGUAGGGAUGCUUAAAUCUCUCAGUCAAUUGGAUCUGUCUAAUAACACAUUCUCCGGACAAAUCCCUACUUCCAUAGGAAACUUGAGCAGCUUAUCAGAAGUUUUCCUUGGUGAAAAUAGUUUGUCAGGCCCCAUUCCUCCAAUAUACAAUAAUCUUACUAAUCUCCAAUUAUCAAACAACCAUCUCACUGGUACAUUACCAGAAAAUUUAUGCCUCGGUGGAGUACUCACUCGACUUGCAGUGAUCAACAACAAUUUGUCAGGUCCUAUCCCAUCAAGUUUGAGAAACUGCAAAAGCUUAAUCAGAGUUAGGGUGGAUGGAAACCGUUUGACAGGAAAUAUAUCAGAAGCUUUUGGUAUAUAUCCACAUUUGAAUUACGCUUCGUUAAGCGAUAACAAUUUUUAUGGCGAACUUUCUCCAAAUUGGGGACAAUGCCAUAAUCUAACAAGCCUACAUAUCUCCAACAAUAACAUUUCUGGAAAGAUUCCAUUCGAAUUGGGACAUGCAACCCAAUUACAAGAACUUGAUCUUUCUUCGAAUCAUCUUGUCGAUGAGAUUCCCAUGGAACUGGGAGCAUUGAAAAUGAUGACCCGUCUUUUGCUAAGUGGUAACCAAUUUUCAGGCAAAAUUCCAUCAGAGAUUGGACUUCUAUCAAAUCUAGAACAACUUAACUUGGCUUCAAACAAUUUAAGAGGGCCUAUUCCUGAUGAUCUUGGAUAUUGCUCGAAGUUAUUCAAUUUGAAUUUGAGCAAGAACAAUCUCGGAGAGAGCAUUCCAUCUUCAAUAAGCUACAUCAAUGCUCUUCAAAGUCUAGAUUUGAGUCAGAAUUCAUUUUUUGGAAAUAUCCCACAACAGUUCGGAAAAUUACAGUCCUUGGAAAUAUUGAACCUUUCUCACAAUAUGCUCAAUGGUUCCAUCCCAAAAGCUCUCAAUGAUUUAAAUGGGUUAAGAUUUGUGAAUAUAUCUUACAAUCAAUUAGAAGGCCCUAUUCCAGACCUUAAGGCAUUUCACGAGGCAUCAUUCAAUGCCUUAAGGAACAAUAAAGGCCUAUGUGGUAACGCCACUGGACUAAUGCCUUGCGUUCUUCCUUCUCGAGGCAACCAUGGUCAUACAAAAAGCACCAAACUGAUCAUUUUAUUUGAGCUUCCACUGUUUGGUGGUCUAUUGAUUUUGUUGUUUAUAUUUGUUGCAAGUUUCCUUACUUUUUGCAAGAAAACACCAACAAAAAAAUCCGAGCCAAUGGAGGAACAAGAUGGUGAUAUUUUCACUAUAUUGGGAUUUAAUGGAAGAAUACUCCAUGACAGCAUCAUUGAAGCCACUGAAGAUUUCAGCUCUGACUAUUGCAUUGGUUCAGGAGGAUACGGAAGUGUUUAUAAAGCUGCAUUACCAACUGGUCAAGUGGUUGCUGUGAAGAAACUUCACCAGUCUGAAGACAGCAUACUCAUUAACAACUUGAAAGCCUUUGAAAGCGAGAUUAUUGCUUUAUUAGAACUAAGGCAUCGUAACAUUGUACAGAUGUAUGGUUUUUGUUCACACCCAAAGCAUUCUUUUCUGAUUUAUGAGUUCAUGGAAAGGGGAAGCUUGAGAAUGGUCUUAAGCAACAAUGAACAAGCAAAGGAGUUGGAUUGGAAGAAGAGGAUAAAUGUUGUUGAAGGAUUGGCUAAUGCUUUGACUUAUAUGCACCAUGGCCAUUCACAACCUAUAGUUCAUCGAGACAUUUCUAGCAACAAUGUUCUCUUGGAUUUGGACUAUGAAGCUCGUGUCUCUGAUUUUGGCACUGCUAGGAUUUUAAAGCCUGACUCCUCCAAUUGGACUUCACUUGCGGGUACCUACGGGUAUAUAGCUCCAGAGUUGGCUUAUACAAUGCGAGUAGAUGAGAAAUGUGAUGUCUACAGUUUUGGGGUGCUAACGAUAGAAGUUCUCAUGGGGACGCAUCCCGGCGAUCUUCUUUCAUAUUUGUCAUCAUCUGCAUCGGCAUCGACAUUGCCAUUUAUGUCAAAUGACCAACAUGUUUUACUUAAAGAUGUGAUAGAUCAACGUCUCUCACCACCAGAAAUUGAAGCUGCAGAGGGCGUAGUCUCUACUAUAAAGAUAGCAUUUGCAUGCUUGAAUGACAAUCCCCAACAUCGGCCAACCAUGCAACAAGUUGCUCAAGCCCUUUCUCGUCAACCCCUUCCAUUGUCAAGUCCUUUCUCGACCGUAAAAUUGGGAGAAUUGUUGGGUCAUGUAAUUUGCAAUGGCUGAGUAAGGUGCUACAAUUUGGGUCAUAUUCCCAAGUAAGUGCUUAUGGGGCUCGCAUGGCUGAGGCUAUAGUUUGCUUGGGAGGCUUUAUCCUGGCUUUAUUCGGUUUAGUGAUUGCUGAUUGUCGGCAAUUACAAACUGAUUUUCAGCACCUUUCGUUCUCUUGGAUUCAAGGAGCACCAAUUGGCACGAGUAGCCCAUAUCUUUUUUCUUAGCUUGUUUACAUAUGUUGCUGCUCCAUCUUGUUUAUGUUCUUUUCUUUUCCGCCGAUGCUUAUGGUGUAACCUCUGAUGAAUGGCUUUAGGUAGUGGGUGUAUGGGGUUUAGCCUAUUGGCUAGGGGUUAGUUAAGUCCUUUCUCAUUGAUGGUUUUUUGUUUUGUUGAUGUAUGAAUAUAUGAGUUCAAUUUCAAAAAUGGCAAUAAAAAAUAAAAUAAAAUUGUUUUGCCCUUUCAAAAUAA